UUCCAAUUUAUCCUUUUGAAAAUUUCGCAGCCUAUCCACAUUCACUCGUAAUUUGUGGCUUGGCAAUCGCUAUUAGAUUUCCCUGCCAAUGGCUAAACAUUGUCCUCUUCCACUUCCUCUUCCUCGCUGUUUCUGUGCUCUUCACUUCAACAAUUUGGCGCCAGCUUUGAGUUGUGAAUUUCUCUUAUUAUUAUUAUAGAAUGGAGAGAUUUUAUUAUUCUCAACGAGAGAGCGUUCUUUUAGGGUAUAAUUAUAAUAAUAAUAAGUCCCUAAUAGAGAGGGCGUCGUCGACGAAUCCGAGCACGCCGCAGAGAAAUUGGGACGUUGAUUUCACGGACGUCUUCGGGGGGCCGCCACGGCGGUCUUCGGUAAAUGAAACGCGGCAGAGUGUGAGUGAGUUGGAGGAGUUGAGAGGAGAGGAAGGGGAAAGUGGUUGGUGUGAGAAACCAGUAUUUGGGGAGGAUAAUGGAAACAGAAGGCGUUUCCCAAACAAGAGCAAUGACUUUUUUUAUGACAUAUUCGGAGGGGAGGAGUCACCGAGCGUAUGUUCGACGCCGAAGAAGCGCGUGGGGGAGUCUUUCACGGCGAGAGUGUUGAGUCCUGCACGUCCUCUGCCUCCUGCUGCUGAUCCCGUUGGUUUCCCAGUACCAUUCAGCCUUCCAGCCAAAUUGACAAAUGGGGUGGACCUUCCAACAUUUGGUUCCCCAACUAGGAGUAGGAACCCUCUCGACAACAUCGACGAUGGUAUUGCUGGUUCAAAUGGAUUAGGCUCUUCAGAUUCUCAUCUAUCUAGAUUUUCAACCCAGUGCAAGGAGUUGAAAAAUGAUUUAAACCCACAUUUCCGACAAAGUCUUCUUUCACAGGAAUCUUCGAACAUGAGCAUAUCAGAUCAAGCAGACACAGGAAGCAAUAUGAAACAACAGAUAUCUAUUAGUGAAGUUUCACGUAGUACCACUAAUUGCGAGUUCCAUUUCUCAAUAUACAAAUGGGCAAGCAAAGGGGUACCGUUGGUGAUGCCUUUUAGGACAGAGAGAGCCUCAAGGACAAAAGAGAAGGUUAAACUUGAGAGAUGCUCAAGCGCUAAGGAAUGGAAGAUCAAUGAGAUUACCCCACAGAAUCCUAUAGCAAACAAGGGUUCUUCUUUGCUGAUUAAUAGAAAACAAGAUGUGUCAACUACUUCCACAGCUACUAAAAAAGGGGCCGAUUCGCAUCAAAUUGUGGAACAAAUACUUUCUGCCAAAGCUCAAUCAGAUACAUCGAGCAGUCCUAAAACUGUUACUAAAGAAGUUCCUGGUAGUUCUACCUCGUGUGACGAUGGAGCAGUAGAAUCAAGUACUCAUUCUAAAACCGAGAUCGGCUUCUCUGGAAAAACUGUAACAGCAAACCAAACUCAGAAGCUUCAGCCCAAACAGCUACAUUCUCUGCUGAAAGAAGAUGAUGAGAAACAAGAUUGUGAUGAGGUGAUUAUAAGGGAGAAUGAAGAAAACAAGAUCAAAACCACAAAAAAGUUAUCUGCUAUUUUUGAUGUUGCCGUGAAUCCUAAGAAACAAGAAGAAAAAGUUUUAUUGAGAGAUGUAGGACAUAGCAAAGCUUCUUCCGAGGGUUCAUUAAACUCAGGUGAGAAUAUGGGGAAAGGUCGAGUUAAAGGAAAGGUCAAAGAAUUCGUUCGAAUUUUCAACCAAGAAGCUGUAACAAAGCCCAAAGUUGAUUUCAAAUCUCAACUUCUGGGUUCUAUACACAAGCAGAGAGAUGCUUUAAGGACAAAGAUUGAAGUGGAAGGUAAUCAUGAACAAUCCAAAAAGGACAACUCUGCCACAGAGACUACCAAUACCUUUGCUAAUAAUUUGUCACAUCAAGACGAUAACUCAAUGUCAGCAAUUCCUGAUAUAUCGUUUGCUGUUGUUGGAGAUAAAGACGAGUUCUUCCAUGGGAAUUUCAUGAUACGAGUAAUAGCCCAAGAUGAGGGCGAGAUCUUACAAAACCAAGAAACUCAAGAAAUCCAAGUCAUUGACAAUAAGAUACAACAGUGGUCUAAAGGAAAGGAAGGAAACAUACGCUCCCUGCUAUCAACAUUACAAUACGUACUUUGGCCGGAGUGUGGCUGGAAGCCUGUGCCUCUUGUUGAUAUAAUUGAAGGGAAUGCGGUGAAAAGGGCAUAUCAAAGAGCUUUACUGUGUCUGCAUCCAGAUAAGUUGCAGCAAAAGGGUGCCGCUUCACAGCAAAAAUACAUUGCAGAAAAAGUUUUUGACAUUUUACAGUCUGGCAGAUUUGGUAUGAGGCCAAAUUUCGGAUGCAAUUGAUUAGGAUCAUUCAAGUUACCUAAUACCAAAUGGAUAGUGCAUUCAAUUCUUGAAUCUUGAGACGUGCAGAAGAAACCAGCUUAGCUAAUGACAUUCUAGAUUUAUGUUCUAUUUUCAGCAUUCUUCUUCCCUAGCUUGUAACCCAAGUUAUAGCGCUUAAUAUUUUGCAGUGCAGAGAGAAAAGCAACUCAUGAUUAUUUUCCUCCUACUUACUGAAAUCUUUCUACUCCAUUGCUAACCAUCAAACCGUAUUAUGUCCUCAAAAUGAGAGGCACAUACAUAUUAGCACAAAAUAUAGUAGAUUAUUAAUAAUGGCUGUGCUGAAGACAAAGUCAUGCUAAUAAAUAUUUAUUUGAUAACAUGUGCACUGUGACUGUGGUCAAUUCUUAGGAAGUCAUUCAAAUGUAGUAAAUGAUUAAUAUGUCUUAUCAUGAUUGACAGGUGUAUUUUCAUGCAUACUUUUUUUUUUUAACAAAAACUGAAUUAGAUGACCAUGUUUUACAAUGCAGGAAGCAUGGACACAAUUCAAUAUAUUUGGUGUACUCUAAUUUUGUCAAUACCAUUAUUAAGAAGUUAUCAUUGAUACAAUUUGUAAUAUAAUAUAAAUGAUCCGAGUCUUCAAAUGUGUAAUUUUCUUUUCUGCUAUGCAUCCACCAGUAUCUUUUCCCCCCUCAACACAUUAGUUUAGUUUUUCUUAUUGAUACGUCUUCUGCAUGAUAAAUGUAUAUUUACAGGUAAUGCAAGGCAACUGACCCCAGGCUAUAUAAUCUGCCCGUAUCAGCUUUCUCUCGUUAAUUUCUGUAUAUUUGUGAUUUCUAUACACUGUUCGUAAUGAUACAAAUUGUUAAAUACGCACUUCAACGCUCCGCUUUGUUAAAUCGUGGUUUUCUUUAGUGUGGGUAACAAAGCCCGCACAGAAACGUACGGGGUAGAACUUGGGCGAUAUGCACUGCCCCUUAAUGGUUUUGUCUUUUACUUGUUUGGGACCGUUGCUAGAUAAAUUGCUCAUUAUUGUUGUAAGUUCCUAGUAAAGCGUAUAUAACAGCAAUAAAAUCUUAUUACAUGCAAUCAAAAUUAAAAGCUCAUUAAGAUUUACAAAUAAGAAAACUAAUGUAUACACAGUAUAUCAUAUACCUCGUGUUCAAUAAAUAAAUAACCCAAUGUGAUUUUUUCAAUCAAUGAGUUAAACCUAAUCUUAAUUUAUUCAUUAAUGGGUCAUAAAUUUCUUAUUUACACACUCAGAUCAUGCAAAGUCUAAAUUAAAAUGCCAAGGCUCAAAUCAAAACCGAUGUACACGUUUAUUUUCAUAAUCAAGAUUGUCACUUGCAUAUUCAAAUUAACUAGUACACAGAUUCAACUAACUCAACGUUUUUACAGCGUGCAUCUGAAUCCCUACAAAAUUGCAGUUUUGUCCCAAUUUAAUUCGUGACUGUUAACAAAUGCAGCCUGAAUGUAAUAGCCCAUUGUUAGAUAAUAUUGAGCAAUUCCUUUUAAAGGACGUUGCUGCUCGUUAGGGGCUUCGGUCCCUCAUAAGAACCCCAAAAAAAAAAAAAAAAUCUCGCCUGAGCUUGUUCUACCUAAUGCAAAAAACAUUAAAUAAAUAAAAA